AUGAACGUUGCGAACGCCGGACGGCCUGUCGGCUGUCUCAAGUCCGUCUUCCGGCGGGCGAGAUUUCAGAGAUCGUUCCAGAGAUGUCUCUCAGCGGCGGCCACCCCCGCCAAGUCGACGCCUCGAAAUGAGUUCAGCGCACGACAACGGGCCGAUAACGACAAGGUCAGCAAGUUUGCCAUUUGGCCUCAGGUGCCUUCCAUCCGCACCACCCACCCCGACCCGAUGCCCAUCCUCCGCGAGAAGCAAAUCGCCAAGCUGGACCCGACCGGAGCCCGCACCCGACUCUUCUCACGGGAACAUGCCGACAGCGCCAAAGUCGGCGACGUUUUGAUGGUGUCGACCAAGGCCGGAGAGCCGUUUGCGGGAGCCUUCAUCCAGAUCCGCCGCCGCGGGCAGGACACGGCGAUCCUUCUGCGAGGCCAGAUGAUGAAGGUGGGAGUGGAGAUGUGGUUCAAGAUCUACAGCCCUACGGUCACGGGCAUCGAUAUUAUCUGGCGACGGCCGAAGCGCGCGCGCAGAGCCCGGUUGACGUACAUGCGCAAGCCCAGCCACGACAUGGGCAGCGUGGACCAGCUGGUCUUUGCUUGGAAGAAGGAGCGACAUACUCUGCGGUCACGGUCGCAGACUGGGCAGAAGAAGCGAUAA